UGUUUCCUCCGCUUCUUCGUUCGACAGGUCCUGUUACUCGGACCGCCCCGUGUGCUGUGAGUUCGCGAGAGGAGUUGAACGACGAAGAAACAGAUGGAGGGGGAGGAGAGAGAUGGGUGGGCUAUGUGGAUUGGAGAGGAAGGCCAGCCUUGAGGCGCAAACACGGAGGCAUGCUUGCAGCUUCGUUUGUAUUGGUUGUGGAGGUGAUGGAGAAUCUAGCAUUUCUCGCCAAUGCAAGCAACUUGGUGACCUAUUUGAUGGCAUUCAUGCACCUCUCUCCUUCUCGUUCAGCCAAUUCAGUCACCAAUUUCAUGGGAACCUCCUUCCUUUUGGCCCUACUUGGUGGAUUUUUGUCUGAUGCUUUCCUCUCUAGCUAUCACAUCUACUUGAUAAGUGCUCUCAUUGAGUUCUUGGGUCUAGUAAUCCUCACAAUCCAAGCCAAGUCCUCCUCCCUCAAACCGCCUCCAUGUGCUCCUACAGACCCUAACGCCCCUUGCCAACAAGUCUCCGGCAACAAAGCCACCAUGCUCUUCGCUGGCCUCUACCUCACCGCCUUGGGCGUCGGAGGCAUUAAGGGCUCGCUUCCAGCCCACGGAGCCGAGCAAUUCGACGAGGAGACCGUGGAUGGACGAAAAAACCGGUCGACGUUCUUCAACUACUUCGUGUUCUGCCUUUCCCUGGGUGGCCUCAUUGCCGUCACGCUAGUGGUGUGGGUGGAGGAUAAUAAGGGGUGGCAAUGGGGGUUCGGGAUUUCAACUUUGACAAUUUUGUUGUCUGUUCCAAGUUUUGUUGCUGGAUCUGCGUUUUAUCGGAAUAAGGUUCCUAUUGGGAGUCCUUUGACCACUAUUGCCAAGGUUUUGGUCGCAUCCCUCUUAAGCUGUAACUCGGCCCAAAGCCCAAGCAGCGCUGUAGCAGACCUGGCCUCCAACCCGAUCCCGGCCCAAAUGAAAGGGAAAGAAGAACAGGUUUUGGUUGCAUCUAUCUCAAGCUGUAACUCGGCCCAAAGCCCAAGCAGCGCUGUAGCGGACCUGGCCUCCAACCCGAUCCCGGCCCAAAUGAAAGGGAAAGAAGAACGAGCACCGAACGAAGCUCAGAAACAGGUAUUCGGACGCCUAUCCGACGACCUACAGUUUCUAAACAGGGCUACCCAGCCCAAGCCCAUCUGCAGCGGGCUCACGUGCACGGCCGAACAAGUCGAGGACGUAAAGAUAGUCAUCAAAAUCGUCCCGAUUUUCUUCUCGACGAUAAUGCUCAGCUGCUGCCUGGCCCAACUCAACACCUUCUCGGUCCAGCAGGCCCGGACGAUGGACACCAGGGUGGGCUCGCUCGCCGAUCCCCUGCUCUACUUUGAUAGAGAGCCCGAGCCACAGCAGGCUCCGCAAUACUUAGUGGAUCUCUUAGCACUGUUAGCAGCUCGUCUGGUAGCUAUCAUGGAGCAGUAUGUUUUGGUUGUAGAGAAAGCAGGAAAGGAGUUAGAGUUGGCUCGAUUGGAACAGGGGGACAUAUCGGUGAUGGAUUUUGAGAUGCGGGAGGUGGAAGAUACUGCCAUAGCCCAGGAGAUAGAUACAACUAUGUUUAUCAAGGGUAAAGAUGGAAAUGCUAAGUCAGGACAGCCAAGAGAUAAGGGUACGGGUAAGAGACCUUUUAUAGGCUCUAGAGGACUCCAGCAUCAGAAUAAGUUUCCACAGCAGCAGGGUCCACAUAAGAAGGGCAAUCAUCAGGAUUAG